AUGGAUAAUUUCGAUACCGAUAUAUACUUCGAAUUUAAAACAUAUAAAGAAUUCCGAAAAGAACGAUUAAAAUUAAACUAUGAUAAUACAUUAAAAUUAUGGUAUGCACUACCUAAUGGUCUACCAACAAAUGAUAACAAUCGAGUUAGACGGCAAACACCUAAACAACAACGAGCACGUUUAAGAAAAAUGAAAUUUUUUGCUUUCUAUUCUAUAUUUCUCAAGAAAACAUUCCUCAAAAAGAAAAUUCAUUCAAAAGGUUUUCAACUAUGGAAUGAAACAUUAAAUGUACCCACAUUAAAAGAUGAAUCUCUUUAUGGGAUGUAUCAAUCAAUGGGUCGAAACACUGCGGAAUUCUUUAAUAAAGCACGACAAUAUGAUGAUACAAUCAGUUAUGAAGAAUUAUUUAAAGCUAGCCGAACUCUUUGGUUUAUGAUUGCUUUUCAAAUGCAACUCAAUUUACCCUUAAUUUUAACUGAUUCUAUGUUUGGUUAUAAUAUGCUUUAUCCAUAUACAGAUGAUUUAGUCGAUUGCAACGAUAUAAGUCGUAAAGCAAAAGUCAAUUUCGCAAAACUUUUUCGUAAACGUCUACUGAUCGGUGAAUCAACGUAUAAUCCUAAAGUACAUUUUGAUGGAAAACAAUCCAAUGUUGCUGAAUUAAAUUUACCAUCAUCAUUACAACCACAAGCUAAUCGUAUAGUAAAAAUAUUUGAUAUGAUUAAAUUUAUUGAAAAUGAUUGGAGACGUGGUGGUGAACAUGAAAGUGUUUAUAUGGGUUUAGCUACAAUACAUGAAUCGCAAAUGAAAUCAACAUUACAACAUGCAAGAACUGAAGAUGAUUAUGCACCAACAAUGGCACAAGUUGAACAAGUUAGUGCUGAAAAAGGCGGUGCAACAUUAAUAGCUGCUGGACUCUUAAUUGAAGGACGAUUAACGAGAGCUAAAAUGGCUUAUUUAGAAUAUUUAGGAUUUGGUUUACAAUUACUUGAUGAUUUACAAGAUGUAAAAGAAGAUAUGAAGAAUAAUCAUCGAACAAUUUUUACUCAAACUCUUGCUGAAGAUCAAACAUUAGAUGCACCAACGGCACGUCUUAUACAAUAUUGUUAUUGUAAACCAGCAUUUGAAACAUUUAGUGAUGAUCAACGCACAGUUUCAGAUCGAAAAACUGGUGUUACAUUAGCUGAAUAUAUUCGAGUUUCAAUGAUGAUGUUUUCGAUUGUAUUGAUUUUAGAAGCUGCCUCUCAACUACAAGAAUAUUAUUCAAAAGAAUUCUAUCGUGAAUUAUCUUCAUUAAGUCCAGUUACAUUUAAAGAUCUCAAGCCAGCUCGUAUUGAAGAAAGAGUUUGGGCUAUUGUACGAAAUCAAAGGCUUUAA